CUCCUCCAUCCAUACAUGUCUGUCUUUCGCACCAGUAAUCUGGUCGAAUACCAUGGGAAUUCCAAUGGAGCCUAAUCUCGCUGAAAUCCACGUUCCCAGUGGGCCUACAUCUAUUCAACAGCGUCAAACACUCGAGGGUCUGACCCUGCAACAACUUAUCACCAGAAAGGACAAUCUUGAAGCAGAACUCAAGGCGUUGGGCGCUGUUCUUGACAGCCAUGGAGUCACAAUGCAAACAAGUCUCCUCACCUUUGAUGGUUUUCCACGGUCGGACAUUGACGUGGCACAAAUUCGUGUGACUAGAGCCAGGAUCAUUACUCUCCGAAACGACUGGAAAGACCUAAUGGACAAAAUUGAGAAAGGCCUUCACGAACAUCAUGCAAAAUACAAGAAUUCAAUUGAAAACAAUACCCCCGUUAGUGCCAAUGGCCUAUCCUCUACUCAAACAGAGAGCCCUCGUCCAGCGCAAUCACAACCAUCUGUCCCAGAAACCCCCUUUGCAAAAGUCAACAGUGUUGAGCCUGAGAGCCCUGCAAAUGAAGCAGGACUCAAGGCCGGCGACUUAAUCCGGAGGUUUGGAGAUGCAAUAUGGUCCAAUCAUGAAAGACUGCGCAAGGUUAGCGAGACGGUCAGUCAGAACCUUGGACGCCCAAUACUCGUCAAGGUCUCUCGCGGUAGUACAGGUGCCAGUCAAGAAUUGGACCUGAGAUUGACCCCAAGGCAGAAUUGGGGAGGGAGAGGCUCGCUGGGCUGUCACAUUGUUCCCAUCUGACCAUCGAGGGGACAUAUCGACUUGAAGAACAGAGCGUACAACUCGGCAUCAACGAUCCUGAGAGAUCAUGUGUUCGUGACUGCACUUCAAUAUGACUCCACGGUCCACAGCGACAGUCUAAAUGACAACAACUCGACAAUUUUUCGGUGUCUCCACCAUCAUACAAUCGAAGUGGGAAUGUGGCGCCCACCUUGACGAUGAGUGGUUUUAUCAUGACACGGAAAGCGACGUGGCUCAAGUGAGCUCACGAGAAGUCCAGAGGCAGUGUGUGUGCAGGUUAGCCAACAACAUGGGCUUCGAGACUUUACCCCCAGCGCCAAUGGCUCCAAGCAAUGCCGCACCUUUCAUAGCUGAGACAAAUUCAUGUACAAGUAACAUUUA